CAGAGUGAGACUCCAUCUCAAAAAAAAAAUUAACAGAUGGGAUUAGUAGCAGAUUAGAUAUGGCUAAUAUUUUGUCCUUAUUUCUCACAGUUCUUAGUCUAGCUAAAGGCUUAUGAACAUUGCCAUUUCAAAAAAAAUCUUUCCAUUUUAUCCUCUGUAUUGUUUUUAUAGUUUCAAUUUCAUUUAUUUCUGCUCUGAUCUUUAUUAUUUCUUUCUUUUUACUAAUUUUGGAUUUGGUUUGUUUUGCUUUUUUAGUUCCCCUCGCAGUCCUAUAGCAUUUUUAGCUCAGUAGAGUGGGAACUCCUUAAGAGUAAAUAUGGUGCUUUAUACAUUACAGGUGUACAGUAAGUGUUUGCAAAGACAAUGAUGCCCUAUAGAGGCCCAGAGUUAAGGUUUCAGCAGAAUUAAAAGUUACUUGUCUUACCAUAAGUACUGCCAAAAAAGAAUAAUGAUUAUUGAGAGUCAAAGCAAGAGUAUGACUAUAGGAAUCCACUCUGAGAUCUCUCCAAACAACAAUUCGAGUGCCUUCUAUUUCAGACUGAUUUGGGUCUAGGUAAUGUAAUUUCUUUUAGGGGUGUAAGAAAAGCGUGGUUGAUUUGAUCCUAAAAUCCUGAAGAGAGAGGUGGGAAUUACAGAGGGUAGAGUUUAGAGACGUAAGGUGGAAGUCUGUGGAGGGCAAAAAGAGAGAAAAGGAAAGACUGAUGGAAAAUCGUAUAUGAUGAAGUUGUUUUCCAAAAGAGUUGCACCAUUUUACAUUUCAGCCAACAAUGUAUGGCAGUUCGUUUCUCUGUAUCCUUGCUAACACUUGUUAUUACUUGUCUUUUUCAUUACAGGAGUUCUAGUGGGUGUGAAGUGGUAUCACGUUGCGAUUUUUAUUUGCAUUUCCCUAAUGAAAUUAUAUUGAGCAUGUUUUCAUGUGCUAUUUAGCUGGUUCAUCUGACCAAACCCAUGGCUGGAAUUGCCCCAAAAGCAGUGGCAGGGGAGUUCCCACCAUGGAGUACCCCCAAACCAUCCUGAGAUGGGGCUGGUUGGGAUUCUAAAGAAAGAAACACUAAAUGCCAGUGUGAUCAGUCCAAAACAUUUAGUAGUGGAACUUAAAGAGGGCUGCAGCAAUUCUUGUGAUGGACAGUGAAAGAAAAGGGGCAUUCUACCUAGGUAUGUUCACAGCGAGGGAGUCAGGGUAUGGAGUUUUUAUGGGGGCUUAAGGAAUUUGGUCCAGGGCCAGGGCCAGUUUCUUUCAGUAUUUUGGGCAACAACCUAGAUGCCUUUAUCAAUGUCUGGGAAUGUUUAAGGCCCCGGUUUGGGUUCAAGCCUGCUGGAAAAAAAUAUGCAGCUGGCUGGGUCACAGAGUGGUCAAGGCACUCUGUGAUUUUUGGUCAGGACACAGAAAGAGAGGGUAACUGGAGGACCCUACAUUAGCCAUUCGUGUGUACUGGACACUUCUUUGGAGGACUACCUGUUGAAAUUCUUUGCCCAUUUUAAGUUGGAUCUUUUCUUCUCAUUGUCUUCCACAUGCUAAAUAUUAUAUAACAGUCUCCUCCAUUGUUGUCUGUAACGUAAAACCAUAUUGGGAGGGAGAUCCUGGGAAAUGGGUAGAUGCUUGCUUUUCUUCUUCAAUACAGACAAGUUGUUAGAAGGGAUUGUUGUGAUGCCAAGUCAAUAACAGCCAACCCAACACAGGGAUCUAAGGGUUUGAAGAAUAGCAAGAGUCUUAACAUUAGAAUCCAUACACGUGUGUGUUCAGACCCGUUAUGUGAUACUGCAAUUAGGACUAUGGUAAGAUUUUACCUCCUUGGAGACAACAAAAGUGCCCACACAGCUGAAUAUCCCUAUCGGUGAUAUGUGACAUAAAUAAUGUUUCACUGUGUGAACAAAACCAAAGGAUUAGAAAUCAGAGAGAGGAAACCCCAACAAUACAUAUUGCAAAAAAUAAAAAAUAUAUAUAAUAGAAAAAAUAUCAUAAUGAACAGGCAAGUCACUUAAAUAAAAGUUCAAAUUGAUAGUGAAAAUAUGUAAAGGUACCCAACCAUAUUAGUAACUAGGGAAGUCAAAACUACAGCCAGAUCUAUUUUUAUCCCUUAAGGUUGUCAAAGUUUUUUCUUUUUUUUCUUUCUUUCUUUUUUUUUUUUUUUUUUUUUGAGACAAUCUCACUUUCUUGCCCAGGCUGGAGUGCAGUGGCAUGGUCUCGGCUCAUUGCAAUCUCCACCUCCCAGGUACAAGUGAUUCUCAUGUCUCAGCUUCCCAAGUAGCUGGGAUUACCGUCAUGCACCACCACACCUGGCUAACUUUUUUAUUUUUAGUACAGAUGGGGUUUCACCAUGUUGGCCAGGCUGGUCUCGAACUUCUGACCUCAGGUGAUCUGCCCACCUCGGCCUCCCAAAGUGCUGGGAUUACAGGUGUGAACCACUGCACCCUGCCAGGUUGUCUCAAUUUUUUCAAGAAAAUGUGGUGAAUUUGCUACUCUCAUAAACUGCUUGUGGGAGUGGAAACUAGUGCAAUUGCUUUGAGGAAUUAAUUAGCAGUAGCUAUCAAAUGUUUAAAUAUGCUUACCACAUGACCUAGCAAUUGCAAUUUUUCUGCCUCUCCCAUGGAGAAUGGUCACACCUCAUAGGAGGGCAUGAAUGAGACGUUUAUUGCAGCUUUGUUGUAAUAGUGGAAAAAUUGAAAACAAUUUCUGUGUCUUUCAUAUAAACUGUAUAAGCACAUUUGCAAAAUAUUAUGUAGCAUGUAAGAUGAAUGAUGUUCUUUAAGUCUUACAAGGACACACAUUCUACACAUUUAAAUGCAUAUAAAAGAGUCCAGAAUAAAUAAAUAAAAUGCAGAAUAAAGAGUCCAGAAUAAAUAAAAAUACAAUAAAACAAACAAACAAACAAGAGUCCCUAAGAAUAGAUACUAAACUGAUAAUGGUCUCUACCUUAAAGACAGGGAAUGGAGAAGAGUACUGGGCAGCUGUGGUGGUCAAAGGAGAUUUUAGCUGUUAUCUUUAGUAUUAUUUAAAAGAAAAUAGUAGAUUAUGAUUUUAUAAUUUAAAAAUAUUACUACUAAUAAUAUAAUUACUACUAAUAGGGGAAAUUGAGUUAACAAAUACCCAGUGAUAUCAUAGAAGUGGAAAAUGCAAUUUCUCAAUCCAGAAUCCAUAGAAGAAGUAUAGCUUAGCUAAGCGUGGUACCGAGAGAAAUAUGCACUGACUGGGUGAUGCACCAAAGAUUAGCAGCCUUUAGAGAAAGGAGCCUGCUGCCCAAAGAGAAGCAUUGUUGCAGGUUGCCUUCCCUGGGAAGUAGACUCUGAAAUGGACAGUAGCACUCAGGUGGUGCAAAUGUAUUAGAAAUAUCGAGAAAAGUAUAAUUUGAAGUGGAGCCUGAAGAUGUGACAAAAUGGCUACAAUUUCAUGAUAAAACUUGAAAGGAUAAGGAGUUGUUUCUUAAGGAUGAACAAAGAAAGUGGUUUCAUGAAAUGGAAUCUACUUUUAGUGAAGAUGCUGUGACCACUGUUAAAAUGACAACAAGGGAUUUUGAAUAUGAUGUAAACCUAGGUGAUAAAGCAGUGGCAGGGUUUGAGAAGACUGACUCCAAUUUUGAGAGAUGUUCUACUGUGGGUAAAAUGCUAUCAAACACCGUCACAUGCUACAGAGAAAUCUUUCAUGAAAGGAAGAGUCAAUCACGGGGGCAAACUUCAAUGUUGUCUUAUUUUAAGAAAUUUCCACAGCCACCCCAGCCUUCAGCAACUACCACCCUGAUCAGUCAGCAGCCAUAAACAUCAAGGGAAGACCUUCCUCCAGAUAAAAGAUCACACAACUCACAGAAGGCUCAAAUGAUUGUUAGCAUUUUUUAUCAACAAAGUAUUUUUAAAUUAAGGUAUCUACACUGCUUUUUUUUUUUUUUUUUUGAGACAGAGUCUCACUCUGUCGCCCAGGCUGGCACGAUCUUGGCUCCCUGCAACCUCCGCCUCCCGGGUUCAUGCCAUUCUCCUUCCUCAGCCUCCCGAGUAGCUGGGACUAUAGGUGCCUGCCACCACGCCCAGCUAACUUUUUUGUAUUUUUAGUAGAGACAGGGUUUCACCGUGUUAGCCAGGAUGGUCUCUAUCUCCUGACCUCAUGAUCCGCCCGUCUUGGCCUCCCAAAGUGCUGGGAUUACAGGCAUGAGCCACUAGACAUAAUGCUAUUACACAGGUAAAUGGUAUGUUUACAGUAUAGUAUAAACAUAACUUUUAUGUGCAAUAAGAAACCAAAAAAUUCAUGUGACUCACUUUAUUGAGAUAUUCAUUUUAUUGCAGUGGUCUGGACCCAAACCUGCAAUAUCUCCCAGGUAUGCACAUAUUAAGAAAACUUUGAUCAAGUAAGGUGGUCAUGCCUGUAAUCCUCUUCACUUUGGAAGGCUGAGGUGGGAGGGUUAAGAUUGCUUGAGGCUGAGAGUUAGAGACCAGCCUAGGCCACAUAGGAAGACCCCAUUUCUACCAAAAAAAAAAAAAUUAAAAAAUGAUCCAGGCAUGGUGGUACAUGCCUGUAGUCCUAGCUACCCAAGAGGCUGAAGCAGGAGGAUUACUUGAGCCCAGGAGUUUAAAAUUACAGUGAGCUAUGAUGAUUUCACCAGUGCACUCCAAGGUAGGCAACAGAAUGAGACCCUGUCUCCAAACAAAAUACUUUCUGCCCUGAGGUUCGUAAAGGUAUUAGCCCAUAUUAUUAAGUGGUGUAAUUACUUCUGAAACUAAUUACUCAGUGUUAGGUCAAACUUCACAGUUCAAGUGCACAGUGCUCAGAAGACUUUUUUCAUUCCAAACUGCAAGUUCAAGGGUUUCCAUGCCACCCUCACUUCUGACCAGCUGACCACUUCUGAUCACUAACCUCUCAGGUUUAAUAAUUUACUGAAACAACUCACAGAACCCAGGAAAAUUAUAUUUAUUAAUUACAGCUUUAUUAUUAAAAAAAAGGAUACAAAUCAAAACCAACCAAAGGUAGAAACGCAUAGGACAAGGUCUGGGAGGGUUCCAGAUGAAAAAUUCCAUGGUUCUUUCUCUUGGGGUCAGGACACAUUACCCUCCCAGCACAUAGCUGUAUGAGAAUACUUGCCAACCAUAGAAGUCUAUCCAAGCUUGUGUUCAUAGAUUUUAUUGGGGCUUUAUUAUGUAGGUAUGACUGAUUGAACUGACAUGUAACUCAAUGUCUAGCCCCCAUCCUCUACACAGGCUGGUGUUAUUUGGCUCAUAGUCCCAAACUUCAGAUCACAUGAUCGAUCUGUCUGGUGUAACCAGCACCUAUCUGAAGUAAUCUCACUAGCAUAACUUAUCCAGAGGCCCAUGAUGUGUCACCUCUUUAGCACAAUCUGUCAGGUAUAGUGUGAGUGGCCCACCGUGAAUAACAGAGAGCUUCUAUAAUUCAGGAUAUUUUAAGAGUUUAGAUGCCACCUCCCAGGAACUAGGGACAGAGGCCAGAAAAGUUGGAGAAAUCCGGAAUGUGUAAUAUCAUAACAACUGACCUAAUUCCUUCAACAGGUCAGGGUCUGAAACAAAGGAGUGAUGUAGUAGUGUUCAAUAAUAAAUACACCUAAGUAGAUAAAUAAAAUGAAUGGGCUGGAUAUUGAUUUGACAAACCAGUCAUGAGAUAUUUUUAGGUAAUCAGGAAAAUUUUAAUAGAGAUUGGGUAUGUAAAGGAAAAUAAAAAUCUCAGGAUCCUUCAAACUCAGGCAAGUGUGGAGAUUAAGCCCUGGAGUUCAGUCAUUGCAAUACCCUCUUCCAAACGAACAGCUGUGCAUUAGCCAGAUCCCCAUGAAAGGUGAAAAGCCUCAGGUAUUUGGGAAGAGCUUUCCCCCUAGAUUACUCAUAAGUAAAAUUUUUGCUGACCUCUCAUAAACAGGCACAUGCCAAUUGUUGCUUUAGUUCUACAAUGUAAGUCUAGCUCCUAAAACUCCACACUGAUUAUGAAAGAGCCUUUGCAAAAAUCAUGACAGUGGAGAAAUCUGACAUAAGUGACUCCAUCUUGGUUCUAACCCCACAAGCUGUACUUGCUCAUUCCUGUGCAUAGGCCAAGCCAACUAUGGGAAGAAUUCAGUUUAGAGUUUAACUUUAGAACAAAGAUGGUAAAAGUCCCCUCCUGGAACUAACCCCUUCCUUGCUUGGGGACUGAAACUGCCUUCGUAAAGCUAACAAAUUGUCCACAAGGAGUCACAAAGCUGUAAGUCACAAGAUUUGUAACCUCCUUAAUUGCUCCUAUAGAUAACAUCACUACUGUAAAACCUAGAACUGGUGCCCGAGGUAUUUUUCAGACCCUGCAUUCUGAUGGACCAGAUGACGUCACCCAGACCAGUAUCCCAUACCAAGAAACUGACCUCCACCCUGGAACUAAUUCAGUGCACGAAGACAGCUUCGACCCCUUAUGAUUUCAUUCCCAACUAAAUCAAUCGGUAUUCCUCAUUCCCUACCCCCUGCCCACCAAACUAUCCUUGAAAAAUCCCAGCCUUUGAAUUCUCAGGGAAACAGAUUUGAGAUAUCUCCCAUUCUUCUAUUUGGCUGGCCCUGCAAUUAUUAAACUAUUUAUUUGCUUCAAAACCUGCUGUCCUCAGCGCACUGGCUUUUCUAGGCAGUAAGAAGAACCCUCGGUGAUUACAAUAAUGUUGAUUACAAGUUUAUCUUCCCAGGUGCAGAACAAAGUCAAGACUCAUUCCUCCACCUACUCUCCUCUACCUCCACAUACAUCUACAUAAUUGACUCUUCUUUUACUCCCUUUUCCUUUUAAGACAUUCACCUUAUUUAUGUAAAAAUGUAGAUUUAUUGGGGACUAACUAAAGUCUCACAAGAAUGUAACUAUUCGCCUAACUGCAUACCUACCCCUCUUCCUAUAUCCCUUCCCCAUCCCUUUAAGGAAAUUGACAAAUACUAAACCUCCUGAAAACCUCUUUGGAAAGAUAGUCACAGAUGUGUCUGUGGCUUUGUUUUUCCCCGGCAGGUCCUAAAGCUGGCUUAGUAAACCUCAAUGACUGAGACUUAUGCCUGAGUCACUCAUUUUGGUUGUCAAGUAUUAGAAAAUAUUAAGAAAUAACUGGUAUUUUGUUUAGUGUGAUAAUAGUAUUGUGGUUUUGAAAGAAAAUAUUUUUAUUUUAAAAUAUAUUUAGCAAAGCAUUUUGAGGUGAAAAGACAUAAUUACAGGAAUUUGCUUUAGAAUUGUAACUAAAAGAAAAAACAGUGAUAGAUGAAUUAAAUAGGCUAAACAGUGUUAAUUAUUGAAUUUGGGAUAUCAGUAUAUAGAGUUCAUUUUACUAUUCUCUCUACUUCUAUAUAUGUUUGAAAACUUUGAUAAUAAAAUGUAACAAACUACAGCUGACCUUUGAACAAAACAGGUUUGAACUCUGCAGUUCCACUUAUACAUACAUUGUAUUCUGCUUUUGCCAUCCCUGACACAGCAAGACCAACCCCUUCUCUUCCUUGUUCUCCUCAGCCUAUUCAACUCAGUGAAGAUGAUGAGGAUGAAGAUCUUUGUGAUGAUCUGCUUAAUAAAUAGCAAAAAAUACUUUCUCUUCCUUAUGAUUUUCUUAAUAACAUUUUAUCUUCUCUAGCUUUAUUGUAAGAAUACAGUCCAACCAAGGCGGGCAGAUCACCUGAGGUCAGGAGUUCAAGACCAGCCUGACCAACAUGGAGAAACCCCGUCUCUAAAAAAACAAAAAUACAAAAUUAGCUGAGCAUGAUAGUUUAUGCCUGUAAUCCCAGCUACUCGGGAGGCUGAGGCAGGAGAAUUGCUUGAACCCGGGAGGCGCCAUUACACUCCAGCCUGUGCAACAAGAGCAAGACUCUGUCUCAAAAAACAAAACAAAAAACAUAUAUAUAUAUACACAUAUAUAUGUUAAUUGUUUAUGUUAUUGGUAAGGCUUCUGGUCAACAGGCUAUUGGUAGUUAAGUAAGUUAAGUUUUGGGGGAGUCAAAACUUACAGGUAGAUUUUUCAACUGCCCAGGGGUCAGCUCCCCUAACCCUCGUGUUGUUCAGUGGUCACCUGUAUAUUUAUACCUGCCUAGGAGAAAAAUCACGGCUUCUUUGUUUCAUCUAGUUUAUUCAACCAUAAGACACUUAAUUUCAUUUAUGUCAGGAUCAGGAUCAAAGUAUGUAAUGAAAUAUUUGAAGCCGAACACAAAUUAGAAAACAAUUCAAGAUUUUACACAUGCCCAUAUUACAACGUUGUCUUAGAUUCCCGGCCAAUGGAGCUGCUUUUGUUUGCCAUAACAGUACACAUUUAAAAUAAAUGAAGUUCAAGAUAUUUCUCUGCCUUAAUAUUUAUAUUGCCUUUUUGUGGGUUCUUAGUAUAUUAGAACGAAUAGCACAUUAAACAAAACACUGUCAUGAGCCCUUAGGUACCUUGAGGAAUAAUGGAGGGAAAGGAGUCAAACACUCUACUCCCUUCUCUCCUUGUCACCAACCCCUAAAUAUACACAACUUGGACACUAAGGACUAAAACUCCAUUCCUCUUUCCCUGCCCCUCACUGAUACGGAAGGGGGGCAUGGAAGUGCUGGAGGGGAGAAGGGUGUGGUCCCUGACUAGGGCUCUACCCCCAGGCCUGUGGCCACAGACCUAGGUGAGGACAGGCAUUCCUGCCUUUGUGCCCAAAUAUUGCAUUUCCCAAGACCACCCUGGCCCACCACGCCCCCAUCCUGUGCCUAUAAAAACCCUGAGACCCUAGCAGGCAGAGACACAAGGUGCUGGACGUUGAGAGGAGAGCAUUGGCGGACACACAAACAGCUGGCUGUCGAGAGGCCGUCGAGGGGAGCAGGUCGGCAAAAGAGCACACUGAAGAGACCGGCAGGCCAGCAGGCCAUUAACUGGUGGAAUAACGCAGUUUGGCCUGGGUAGUCGGAGGAGCGCCCAGGCCGCUGAGAGGCUGACUCCAGGCGAAAACCAUCUCCCUUCUGGCUCCCCCUUCUGCUGAGAGCUACUUACAAAUCGUUCUCCAAGGUUUCUCCAAUCCUUGCACUCUUUCUCCAAGCCUAUGUGUGAUACGAUUCUUCUGAUACACCAAGGCAAGAACCUCUGGGAUACAGAAAGCCCUCUCUUGCUUGCGAUAAGUCAGGGGUCUAACUGAGCUAACACAAGCCUCCUACAGAUGGCUAAACUAAAAAAGCACCCUAUAACACACGCCCACUGGGGCUUCAGGAGCUGUAAACAUUCACCCCUAGACACUGCCGUGGGGUUGGAGCCCUACAGCCUGCCCGUGUGCAUGCUCCCCCUAGAGGUUUGAGCGGCUGGGCACGAAGAAGCGAGCCACACACCCAUCACAUGCCCUGGGAGAGGGAGAAGUGAACUUCUCCCGUUUCAUCACAAUUUACUUUCGGCACUAACAUGAUUGUUCAGCUGUCUUCAUCAGCAGUCCUUUAUUCCAGGAGAUUCCUGCCCAAGCAAACUGUUUAAUUGUUCAUUAUGGGAACUUCCACAGAGACCCAUCAAAUUUUCAAUCUCUUCCAAAGAAAGUGUCAAUAGAUUGCACUUUAAGAUUCUUUGCUUCAAAAAUCCUUGCUAUAUCCACCAAUCCUGGACUGUAGUAUCAUGAUCAUUAUGCAAUACUAAUAAAAUCCCUUGCAUUGAAAGACCCGCCUUAAACAUCCAAUUCUCAAUCAGUUCCAACCUUGCCUUGACACUUUGCUUUGUGAAGGUGCCAACGCUCCGUCGAAGUGUUGUUCUCCAUUACUGCAAUCAACAAUAAAUUCUGUUUUUUGUCUUAUCAACAGGUUGAGUUGAUGAUAUUUGGGGAGCCGGCAUUUGACACAAGUUUGAGAUCUGGUGUUCCUUAACGUUCAGCGUCCAUCGGAGCUCAGCCUAAGUCACUUUUACGCUUCCCAUUUUAGCCUACCCUCUGCUUCUGCGAAAAAUUUUGGUUUCUAACUUAUUUUCAUAAUACUAGCUGCACUUUUCAUUUUUAUAUGGCAUCACUUUAAAAAUUUUACAAUUAUUUUCUCAUGAGCUUUUAGAAAUGAAUAAAACAAAAACGAAUCUCACAGUAGUAGCACCAGAGAAGUGGCUCAAACCCAACCCGCUUGAGUCAAAACAAAGCCCAGCUGGUGGGAAGCGCUGCCCUUUGAGCAUUCUGGGAACUGUAGUCCAGGAGUGAGAGAACUCUGAGACGCUUCCGCUUAGGAAUUCUGGGAAGUGGAGUCCACGAACCGUGGGCACUCGGAGGCACUUCCGCUCCAGGAAGGCGAGGUCGGAUCUGAGAUAGCUCCCAGGGAGGUUCGCUCCCCCAGAACUCUGCCUUUUCCCAGAAGGAGGAGGGGAAAAAUGACCAAGUUCCAGGAGGCAGUGACAUUCAAGGAUGUGGCUGUGGCCUUCACUGAGGAGGAGCUGGGGCUGCUGGACUCUGCCCAGAGGAAACUGUACCGAGAUGUGAUGCUGGAGAACUUCAGGAACCUGGUUUCAGUGGGACAUCAGUCCUUCAAACCAGAUGUGAUAUCCCAGUUGGAGAGGGAAGAAAAGCUUUGGAUGAAGGAGCUUCAAACCCAAAGAGGUAAGCAUUCAGGAGACAGGAAUCAAAAUGAGAUGGCAACUCUUCACAAAGCAGGAUUAAGGUGCUUUUCACUGGGAGAGCUUUCAUGCUGGCAAAUCAAGAGACACAUUGCGAGCAAAUUAGCCAGAAGUCAAGACUCCAUGACAAAUAUUGAAGGAAAGAGCUCUCAGUUCCCCAAGCACCAUGAUUCCCCCUGUCAAGUGGGAGCAGGAGAAUCUAUUCAAGCUUCUGUGGAUGACAACUGUCUAGUGAAUCACAUAGGGGAUCAUUCCAGUAUCAUUGAAAAUCAAGAAUUUCCAACUGGGAAAGUUCCGAAUUCUUGGAGUAAAAUAUAUCUGAAUGAGACACAGAAUUAUCAGAGAAGUUGUAAGCAGACUCAGAUGAAAAACAAAUUAUGUAUAUUCGCUCCAUAUGUUGACAUUUUCAGUUGUAUUUCACACCACCAUGAUGAUAAUAUAGUGCACAAAAGAGAUAAAGUUCAUAGCAAUAGUGAUUGUGGUAAAGAUACCCUAAAGGUAUCACCUCUUACCCAGCGUAGUAUUCACACAGGACAGAAAACCUACCAGGGUAAUGAAUGUGAAGAAGCCUUCAAUGAUAGCUCCAGUCUUGAACUUCAUAAGCAGGUACACUUGGGAAGGAAGUCUCCAGCGUGUAGUACACAUGAGAAGGACACCAGUUAUAGCUCAGGUAUUCCUGUUCAACAAAGUGUUUGUACUGGAAAAAAACGCUAUUGGUGUCAUGAAUGUGGUAAAGGUUUCAGUCAGAGCUCAAAUCUGCAAACUCAUCAGAGAGUCCACACAGGGGAGAAACCCUAUACAUGCCACGAGUGUGGUAAGAGCUUUAAUCAGAGCUCACAUCUUUAUGCUCAUUUGCCUGUUCACACAGGAGAGAAGCCCUAUAGAUGUGACAGUUGUGGGAAGGGCUUCAGUCGUAGCACAGAUCUUAACAUUCAUUGCAGAGUUCACACUGGAGAGAAACCUUAUAAAUGUGAGGUGUGUGGGAAGGGCUUCACUCAGAGAUCACAUCUUCAGGCCCAUGAAAGAAUUCACACUGGAGAGAAACCAUAUAAAUGUGGGGAUUGUGGUAAACGCUUUAGUUGUAGCUCAAAUCUUCAUACCCAUCAGAGAGUCCACACUGAAGAAAAACCAUACAAAUGUGAUGAGUGUGGUAAGUGCUUUAGUUUGAGCUUUAAUCUUCAUAGUCAUCAACGAGUCCACACAGGAGAAAAACCAUAUAAAUGUGAAGAGUGUGGUAAGGGUUUUAGUUCAGCCUCAAGUUUCCAGAGCCAUCAGAGGGUCCAUACAGGAGAGAAACCAUUUCGAUGCAACGUGUGUGGGAAAGGCUUCAGUCAGAGUUCAUACUUUCAAGCACAUCAGAGAGUCCACACUGGAGAAAAACCAUACAAAUGUGAAGUGUGUGGGAAGCGCUUCAACUGGAGCUUGAAUCUUCACAAUCAUCAGAGAGUCCACACCGGAGAGAAACCCUACAAAUGUGAAGAGUGUGGUAAGGGUUUCAGUCAGGCCUCAAAUCUUCAAGCCCAUCAGAGCGUCCACACUGGGGAAAAACCAUUCAAGUGCGAUGCAUGUCAGAAGCGAUUCAGUCAGGCCUCACACCUUCAAGCCCAUCAGAGAGUCCACACCGGAGAGAAACCAUAUAAAUGUGACACUUGUGGUAAGGCCUUCAGCCAGAGGUCAAAUCUUCAAGUCCAUCAGAUAAUUCACACUGGAGAGAAACCAUUUAAAUGUGAGGAAUGUGGGAAAGAAUUCAGUUGGAGUGCUGGUCUCAGUGCCCAUCAGAGGGUCCACACGGGAGAGAAACCCUAUACGUGUCAGCAGUGUGGGAAGGGCUUCAGUCAGGCCUCACAUUUUCACACACACCAGAGAGUCCACACUGGAGAGAGGCCUUACAUAUGUGAUGUCUGUUGUAAGGGCUUCAGUCAGAGGUCACAUCUCGUCUACCAUCAGAGAGUCCACACUGGAGGGAAUCUGUAGAAAUGAGAGGUGUGGUUCAGCCUUCAGUUAGAGCUCACAUCUUUGUCUCCGUUGGGAAGUCCAUGCCGAUGAUUGUGAAAAGUUCCUUUAAAACUAGAAGCUUCAAAGAAUCUUGACAGGAAAGAAGUCUCUCAAAUGCUGUGUUUUAGACUUGGUUAGGACAUGAAUUCUUUACAAACGUCAUAUUUCACAGAUGCGAGAAAACUUUGUUCUGUAAAUAUGAUCAGUGUUUAUAUCAGAGUGCCAAGUGUCCCAGUUCUCAAGAUGUAACACAGCAGAAAAGUCUUGUCGGAGUCUGCCCAGGAGAGAGGCCUUCCUUUAACAAAAGUAUGAUUGACAGAAAAAAUUGAUGUCAACUAAAAUGUAACCUCUAUGUAAGGAGGUGUUUUUCACCACUCUAUCUCUACCAUGUAGAAUUGUGCUUGGCUCAUAAUAGGGCCCAGCAAUUACUGAAGAAAGUGAAGAAAAUACCUAUAAUUAGGACAAAUACUUGAAAAUUCUAGUCUGUUUUCUACUCUAAAUUUAUAUUAAUUUAUAUUCAAAAGGAAUCCUGCAAGUAGCCUUAAUAACGUUAGUUUCAGUAAGUACUGAAAAGUAUAUAAUACUGCCAUCCAUACUAACACAAAUUUGGAAAAAAGACAUGAAUGGCUCCCAUCCUUCAGCCUUAGUUCUUUGUACAGUGUAUCAUCAGUUGUGUACAGUAUGAUUUUUAGUGUCAUUAGUUUAUAGACUGAACAAUACUGUUUUUAUCUAAUGUGACCCUGCAAUUUACAUGAUGAGAAUUUUUGGACACUAAGCUGUACUGUAACUCUGAAAGUGUUAAAAGUAGUUACUGAUGACGAAAAGUUUCUUAGUAAACUUGAAUUGUUAAUAA